AUGGAUCCCCGAAUCACCACCCCACAGUCGGCGGUGACCGCCUCCUCCCGCCGCGGCGCUCAUUUUGGCCCGAGAAAUGACGAGGACGGCCCUGACUCGCCGCCUGAAACAACCAUCCCCGGCGCCGCCAAAGACACAGCCGCUAACCCCGGCAUCGCCCGCCUCCCGCCGCUCCGGCCUCCACUCACCUCCUUCCCGCCUUCCUCCCUCCUCCAAUACCACGAUGCGGCCGCCGCCGAGGCCGAGGCCGAGGCUGCUCCGCGUCACCAGGCACAGCAGCAGCAGCAACAACAACAACAACAGUGCAUCCACCACCCGGUCCUCGAGACCGCGGAGCACCAGCACCCGCUCGUCGGCCUGCCCCCGCCGCUCGCCUACCAGCCCAUCCAGCGGCCCCUGACCCUCAACGCCCUGCCGACAGAGAUCCACCUCAACAUCCUCCGCCACAUCGACACCUUUGCCGCCAUCCACAACCUCCGCCAGACCUGCCGCUACUGGCACGCCCUCGGCUCACCGGAGUCGCUGCGCGCCACCAUCGGCUCCCGCCCCGUGCGGUCCCUGCUCCUCUGCACCUGCGCCCGGUGCCACGCCCACGACGCCGACCGCACCGCCACCCUCGCCGCGCUCAAGUCGGACCGGGGCUACCCGCUGAGCGGCCUGUGCGUCACCUGCGCCCGCCGCGCCGCCGACAAGCGCCUCCGCGUCGGCCGCCGCGUCAAGAUGGCCUCGGAGCACAUGCGCUGGGUCUGCCGCUGGUGCGGCUGGGUCAUCGCCGCCGGCGAGGAGGCCCGCCCCCUGGCCGGCAACGCGCCCACGGCCGCCGGCGCCGCCGCCCCGGGCCACCUGCAGUUCCACGCCCGCUGCCGCGGCAAGUACCUCAACGUGCUGCUGCUCUUCUUCAUGCUCGGCUGGGCCCAGCUGGCCGUCGGCAUCGCCGGCGCCGUCAUGGCCUGGAAGCACUGGCGCGGCGUCCAGCUCGUCUUCGCCCCGACCGUCACCUCCUUCGUCCUGCUGUGGGUCUGCGUCGCCGCCAUCCUCUGCCGCAACGACCGCAACCCCAAGUACUGGUUCGGCGUCGCCGUCGAGCUCGUCAUCAUGUGCCUCUGGAUCCCGCCGCUGUACUACGUCGGCAGGGUCUGGGCCACGGAGCCGCCCGAGACGAGACCGCCCGCGACCGUGGCGAGCGAGAUCAUCUUUGGCGUUAACAUGUAG